CUUCAUCUUCAUCUUCAUCUCCUUCUGCGUUGAUGCUUGAAAGAUUCAGCUCAGAGCUCCAACCUCUUCACCUCUCUCAUGUCCAUCGCAUCGACCAUGCCUCCGCUGCCGCCGGACGGCCCACCUCCCCUGCCGAGUCACGGAGAUGUCCAAAACGUCGAAACCAUCAUCAAGACAAUCCCCGCGCUGCUAGAUUUCGUAAACAAAGUGAAGGGCUCUCUUCCCGAGCCUGAGAUCCAGAGCGCAGGCGGCGCUGUCGCCGCCGAGGAGAAGCAGAUCGAGGCCGAGGACGACGGCGGUGAAACCGUCCGCUGCUGGAGCGGCGGAUUCGCCGGCGGCAAGAAGGGCGUCGGCAGCAAGAAGGCUGACGCGGUUCCCAAUGGCGGCCGUAGAAACACCAGCGGCGCCAAAGGAGGCGGCGGCGACAGCAAGGGAGGCGGAGGCGGGAGCGGGAGCGCGAGCUCUCGUGGGAGCAAUGGCACGCUUCGGAAUGAGGCGGAGAAGUUGCGCAGAGACCUCAAUUAUAUCGAGCGCGCGCUGUCCAAGUUCAGGAAGUUGGAGGUGGACUUCGGCUUGCAGUUUAAGAACAUUGAGGAGCAACGCCGUGCGCUGGAUCAGAUCCUGAGUAGUAUGGCUCAGGUUCAGAAAAGCACCAGCGCGACCAGCAGUCAGCAGGUCCACAACAAGUUUCGCUCUAUCAGCGCUAUGGUGACGAAUCUGAAACUCCAGAUUCCUUCUCUUCACAAACUGUCUACCUCUAAUACUAAUGCUCAUCAAUUGGACACGGGGUUCGUGUUCAACGCCUACUACCUGGUCGACGAAAUGCUGAAACAAGACAUGAAGGAAAAAGUCAUGGGUGCCCCUGCUUUCGAUGAGUUUUUCAAUGAUCUCUUGUGUGUUUUUGAGGAUCUCGAUCGGAGGUCAAAGCUAUGCUUGCUUUGUUUCUCUGUGUUCCCUGAGAAUGCUGUUUUGAGGAAGAGGCUUCUAGUGAACUGGUGGAUUGGAGAGGGUUUGGCGGAUUCCGACGGUGCAAGUGUUGAUGGUAUCUUCAAGGAGCUCAUCGCGAAAGGCUUUGUUGAACCUGUGCUCAAGAAACGCAAAGUCACCGGAUUCAAGAUGGAUCCUUUGGUCCGCUUUGCGGUAAUUGCCAUUGCGGAGAAAGUUGGGUUCUUCGGUUUCAAUGCGAUGGGAGUUCCUACUGAAGACUUCUCGUGGUCUUACAGAGCAUGCUUGGUAAGAACUGAAGGAGAAUCUUCUAGGGAGAGGUUGACAAAAAAGGAGAAUGAUCUGGAAAAACUGCGAACCAUAUUUAACGUCAAUGAUCCUUAUCCUGAUUUUAAGCUAGAUUGGUUCUCGAAGCUGAAAAAUCUCAAUGUACUAUACCUUGGUAGUUGGCAAGAUUUUGCCAAGCAUCAUAUAGAAGUUGAGGGCACAGAGUUCUUGAAAGGGCUAAAGCUUAUGAAGCAUCUUCAAUUCUUGAGUCUUCAAGGCAUUUCUAGAAUUACGGACCUCCCAGAUUCCAUUUGCAAGCUCACCAGCUUGAAAAUCCUGGAUCUUAAUGCAUGCCACAAUUUAGAGUUGCUUCCUAAGAACAUAGGUGCACUGAAGAAGCUGACGCAUUUGGAUAUAUCACAGUGCUACUUGCUGGAUCACAUUCCGAAAGAGCUUUCUUCCCUCACGCAGCUCCAGGUUCUCAAGGGGUUUGUCAUUGGUGACUCGAUCAGCACCGACUCAUGUACUCUUGAAGAAUUGAAAGGAUUGAUGAAGUUAAGAAAAUUGAGCAUCUAUACAGGGAGGGAAAAUUUUCCAACAAACGAUGAGCUAAAAGUACUAGAAGGUUUUCAGUAUCUUCAGAAGUUAACAAUAGCUUGGGGAGGGAAACCGUCCAAGGAUGAACAAAAUGAGAAUUCUACACAACCGAACUAUUCAGCAAAGUCAAGCACUGCAGACAGUGUCAAGAUGGGUGAUAAAACAAACAGCACAAAAACUCAGCAAGACAACAUUUCAGGACCUCCUCAACCAGCACAGACAGCUCCUGCACGGAGAAAACUGAGCAGGGCACUUGCCUUCAAGGGACGCCUUCCUACUGAGACCUCUUCUCCAAAUGCAGGAGAUAUGAGCGGCUUGGAGAAAUUGGAGCUCCAGUGCUUCCCAGGGACUGCCGCUCCUGCUUGGUUGAUAGAAGGCAAAUUGAAGCCGGUAAAGUGUCUUUACAUAAGUGGAGGAAAUCUCCAAGAACUAGGUACUAUUCAGAGAGAGAGGAUAACAUGGGAAGUUAGGAUAUUGUGUCUGAAGUUCUUAAGUGAACUGAAGAUGGAUUGGGGAGAUCUGCAGAAGUCAUUUCCGAAUCUAAUUUACUUGGAGAAGGUCAAAUGUCCCAAGCUCUCUUUCUUCCCCUGCGAUGAGCGUGGAGUUUGGUUGAACGGGGAAAUGGAAGCCAAACGGAUGGAAGAAUCGGGAUUGAGUUUGUCUUGGUCUUUUCUUAAACAUAAGGAUACCAUUUGUCCUACCCCUGUUUCUUCUUCCAACACUAAACCAUAAUAGUUCUUGGUUCGAUUGUGCACAUUCCUGGUAGAUGUGGACUGCCAGAUGACCAUCAAGGAUUAUGUUUGUAAUUUUGAGUAUCAUUUUGCUUUGUUCACAUUCUGUUGAUGCAAUGAAAGUCUUUCACCUUUACAGUUGAUGGGAAACUUUCAGUCAAAUUCAGAGAGAGAAGAAAUCUUGCUUGGUCUCAGGAGAUACAUGGAAUUCCAUCACUCCAAGUGAAAAGGAGACCCCAUCGUUUUUUUAGCAAACUGGAUAACUAUGCUUAUUGAUUAGUUCAUACUUUGUCGCAGCAGCACUUGACGCAUCUAAGGCUUUUGUUCAGCUAUCAGUCAUCAUCAGUUGCAGGAUUACUGCUAGACAACAUUGGUUGUUGUAUCGUCUGAUCAAUGAAGCAGUUUUGAUUGCUGCCUGUUUCUAAGUGUUGACACCUAAAUUUGCUGCAUGAGAUAAAAUCUCUCUGGAUGGUUUGGCUUCGUAUUCAUGUCCACCUUACAUAGUUCUCCUGUCAGGGAAUUCUUUGGCUUUUGUUCAGACAUCAGCCAUCAUCAGUUGCAGGAUUCAGAAACUGCUAGACCACAUUGAUUUUUGUAUUUGUCUGAUCAGUCAAGCAGUUUUGAUUAUUCCUUGUUUC